CACUUUUUCCCUAUAUAAAACCGGACUAGUGUCAUUUCUUCCAACCAUCACCAGUUCACCAUACAACCAACGUUGUUAUUCAGAUUCUCUCUAAAAAAAACCCAUCUUUGUUGAGGAUGAGUGCAACAAGGGGAGCUUGGGCCGUUGCGACGGCAAUAGGGGCCGUGGAGGCACUCAAGGACCAAGGGAUUUGCCGGUGGAAUUACACUUUCCGGUCAUUGCAUCAGCGUGCCAAGAAUAAUGCAAGAUUGUUUUCUCAGGUCAAGGUGCUGUCUUCUUCUCCGGCUUCAUCUGAGUCGGUUUCUGAGAAGUUGGAGAGAUCGGAGAAAUCCAUGAGGAAAGUGAUGGAUUUGAGCUGUUGGGGUCCCAAUACUGUUAGAUUUUGAUGUAAUUAGUUUGAUUGUAAUGCGGAAUAUAAAACGCUAAUCCUUUUCGCUUUCAUUCCAUCUCCAUUUUUGUCUGAGAUUUAAUGUGGGAAGUUUUGAUCUUCUUCAUAUUAUAUGUAUAGGGUUAGAUGUGAUUCCAAACGCUACAUUUUCAAGGAAUUGAGGAAUCAUUUCCCUUCUAUAUCCAAUUUUGCAAGAG